AUGUCGACGCGCAAUCUUGCCAACGUGACAGUCGAGUCUCUCGCCAACGCCGGCGUGAACCUCGUCUUUGGAAUUCCCGGAGCCAAAGUCGAUGGCAUCUUUGAUGCCCUGAUCGACCACCCCACGAUCCGGCUGAUCGUCUGUCGCCAUGAGCAAAACGCCGCGUUUAUGGCUGCCGCCGUCGGCCGCUUGACCGGCUUGCCAGGCGUGUGUCUUGUCACUUCGGGGCCUGGCACAAGCAAUCUCGUCACAGGCCUGGCGACAGCAACUUCAGAAGGCGAUCCUGUCAUCGCCAUUGCCGGCACCGUCUCCAGAGUGCAAGCCGGGCGACACACACACCAAGCCCUCGACGUCAACAAGGUGCUCGAAGGUGUGUGCAAGUCGGUCACACAGGUCGGCGUUGAGGACCAAGUCAGCGAAGUCAUCGCGAAUGCGUUCCGGCGCGCGCGCAGAUACCCGCGCGGCGCAACGGCCGUGGCUUUCCCCAUCGACCUGAUCAAAAGCACUUCUGUGGCUAUCUCGCCCUUUCCCAGUCUGAGCUUCGAGCCGCCCAGCUACGGCGGCGGCAAUACAAAGCUGCGCAAGAUCGCGGUCGACCGGCUCAUGGCGGCCAAGUACCCGGUAAUUCUCAUGGGCAUGCGGUCCGCGAACAAGGCGAUUGUCGCUUCCACCCAGCGCCUCAUCAAAGACUACACCAUCCCCGUUGUCGAGACCUUCCAGGCCGCAGGUGCCAUCAGCGAGGAUCUCCUGCACCGCUUCUAUGGCCGUGUCGGCCUGUUUCGCAAUCAGCCCGGCGACAAAGUGCUCGCCCGUGCCGAUAUUAUUAUUGCCAUUGGUUACGACCCCUUCGAGUACGACGCCGAGGUCUGGAACGUCGACCCUUCGCGCCACAGCAUCAUCCACAUCGACUACACCGACACCAAGGUCUCGCAGCACUACCUCCCGCAGAUCGAGCUCAUCGGCAACCCAGCCGAUAUCAUCGACGAGCUGACCUCAAGCAUCCGCGCCUCCAAGCCAAACUACUGGACCGGCGCCGAAGACCGACUCGAAAACAUCCGCCAGGAACUCGACAGCUGGCAAGCAACCGCCACCGCAGGCUUGUCGACCGAAGACCCCGUCCAACCCAUCCACUUUGUGCACUUGCUCCGCAGCCUGCUGCCCAAAGAAACCGUCGUUGCCGUCGACGUGGGCACCGUAUACAUCUACAUGAUGCGCUAUUUCCGCACUUAUCUGCCACACCACCUCCUCUGCUCCAAUGGGCAACAAACCCUGGGAGUCGGCCUCCCCUGGGCCAUCGCCGCAAGCCUAAUCCAACAGCCACCUUGUUCUGAAAAAGUCGUCAGCAUCAGCGGCGAUGGCGGGUUCAUGUUUAGUUCGCAGGAGCUCGCGACCGCUGUGCAACAGGGCUGCAAUAUCACGCAUUUCAUCUGGAAUGAUUCCGCGUACAACAUGGUCGAGUUCCAGGAAGAGGCCAAGUACGGCCGCAGUUCCGGUAUUAAACUAGGCGGCGUGGAUUUUGUCAAGUUUGCCGACGCUUUUAAUGCAAAAGGUUUCCGAGUUUCGACGGCGGGUGAGUUGAAGACGGUUAUGCAGGAGGCGCUUGCUUACAAGGGGGUGGCUAUUGUGGAGAUUGUUAUUGAUUAUAGUAAGAGUAGUGACUUGAUGAGGAAUGUUAUUCCAAAUGAUUAUAAGUAG